AUGAGGGGUCUGGCCCGGCCGGCGCUGAGGGCGCCGUGGUGCCGCCGGCUCUGGGCGCUGCCCGCCAGGGCCGCCGCCGCUUCGCCGUCUCCUCCCGCCGGAGCCUCGCCGGGCUCGGGCGCGCUGAACCCGUUCGACCGCCGGCUGAAGCGGAAGCAGAAGAACUGGGCGGCGCUGCAGGCCGAGCCCGCCAAGUGCGAUUACCUGCGGGAGGAGGUCGGCGGCAGGAUCGCGGACCGCGUGUUUGACAUCACCAGGACGUUUCCUCUCGCUUUGGAUGUCGGCUCUGGAAGAGGUUACAUAGCUCAGCACUUAACCAAGGAAACAGUUGAAAAGCUUGUUCAAGUUGAUAUCGCAGAGAAUGCUUUAAAAAAUGCUGUAGAGUCUGAAAUCCCAACGGUCAGGGUCGUUGCUGAUGAGGAAUUCCUUCCUUUCAAAGAAGAUACCUUUGAUCUUGUUGUCAGCAGCUUAAGUUUACAUUGGGUGAAUGACCUUCCUAAAGCUUUCAGAGAGAUCCACCAGGUGCUGAAGCCGGACGGGGUGUUCAUCGGGGCCAUGUUUGGGGGGGACACUCUGUACGAGCUGCGCUGCUCCCUGCAGCUGGCCGAGCUGGAGAGGGAGGGCGGCUUCUCCCCUCACGUGUCGCCCUUCACUGCCGUCGCCGAUCUGGGACGUCUGCUCUCCAGGGCUGGCUUCAACACGCUCACCGUGGAUACUGAUGAAAUCCAGGUGAACUACCCAGGGUUAUUUGAGGUUAUGGAAGACUUACAAGGUAUGGGGGAGAGUAAUUGCUCUUGGAAUAGAAAACCUCUGCUACACAGGGAGACAAUGCUGGCAGCUGCUGCAAUAUACCAAGAAAUGUAUGGAAACAGCGAUGGCUCGGUACCUGCCACGUUUCAGAUCUACUAUAUGAUUGGCUGGAAAUACCAUGAGUCACAGGCAAAACCAGCCCAGCGAGGUUCUGCAACAGUUUCAUUUGGAGAUCUGGCAAAAAUAGAAGGACUUCUUAAAAGAGAAAAAAAAUAGUUGUUCAUCAGAAAUAGUAAUUGUCUUGGAACUUCUAUAAAAGCUUUAAUUGCAGACAGUCUUCACUUGUGUUUAUUUAGUGAUGACAUCCUGAAAUGAUAAUAAAGUACGCAUAGUAGAGGUUUUUAUACUGUGCCACAGCAUCA